AUGACCUUCUCCUUGGCUGAGAAGAAGUCUAAAUCCUUGGAGAUGUACUCCUACACUUCCACUGUUGUUUUUGACCAAGCCAAUAACCACAUUGCCCUGGCACUGGUGGCAUCAGACCUAGACUCUCCACAGGCAGCUUCCUCAGUGAUCUCCAACCACAAACAAUUUGACCCCCAGCAGUCCUCCACCUACAAGGCCACUGACCAGGAAGUCUCCAUAAGCUAUGGCACUGGCAGCAUGACAGGAAUCCUUGGAUACGACACCCUGCAGGUCGGAGCUCUCACGGUCACCAACCAGACGUUCGGGCUGAGCAAGACGGAGCCGGGCACCUUCCUGGCUGGCACGGAUUGGGACGGGAUCCUGGGGCUCGCCUACCCACAGCUGUCAAUGUUCCGGGCCAGCCCCGUCUUCGACAGCAUGUGGGACCAGGCGCUGCUCUCCCAGAAGGUCUUCGCCUUCUCCCUGAGCUCCAAUGGCCAGAAUGGCAGUGUGGUGAUGUUUGGGGAAAUUGAUUCCUCUUACUACUCCGGAAACAUCACUUGGAUCCCUGUCUCUGUCCCAAUGUACUGGCAGAUCACAGUGACAAGCAUCACCAUUAAUGGAAAGGUCAUUGCUUGUGAUGGGGGCUGCGAGGCUAUCGUGGACACCGGGACCACGCUGGUGUAUGGCCCUCCCGUGGACGUCUCCAACAUCCAGACUGCCAUCGGAGCCAGCCUGAAUUCUCAAGGCGAGAUGGGAAUAAGCUGUUCUUCCAUCAAGAGUCUGCCACCAGUUGUGUUCAACAUCAAUGGCGUAGAGUUCCCUGUGCCUGCCAAUGGCUAUAUCAGGCAGUUCAAAGAAGACUACUGCACCAGUGGCUUCUUCGCUCAAAGGAAGAACUCGUGGAUCCUUGGGGACGUCUUUUUGCGCCAUUAUUUUGUCAUCUUCGACAGAGGAAACAACCAGCCCCUGGCCCCUCCCCCUGCCCGCCCCGCGCGCCUCGGGGGCCCGGGGGGCCGCGUGCUGGGGGCCCGGGGGCGCCGGGGGGCUGGCGCAGGCCGAGGGGGAGGAUCCAGCCGGGGAGGGGGCGCCGCCGAGCACAAAGGGCGGCCGCUCGGCGGGGGGAUGCGGCGGCCCGAGCCAAACAGGGCCAAGGGAGCGCGGGAGCCCGAGGCCGGGGGCGCCGGGGACAGGGCCACAGAGCGGCGACCCCGGGGCCCCCAGCGGCGGAAGGGCGGCGGGCUACGCCCCGGGAAAGGCUGCCCUCCGGCUUCCCCGGGGCACGGGAGCGCGGGCAGGGGGAGCCGCCCGUCUCCUUGGCAGGGGGCUAGCCCUGGGGAAUACGGCCAGAGAGCCCGGGGGCCCCGAGAGGGAACGGAGCUGCCCUUUGCCACCCCCGCCCCCUCCUGGCCUGCUGGCCUCGUGGGCCCAGACCCCGCCCUCCCCUUUCGGGCCGCUAUUUCUUUUGUCCCUUAA